GAGGAGAUUGAUGCUGCUGAUGUUAUGCCAGAUGUGGUGCCAGAGGGCGGUGCAGAGGGCGGUGCGGAUGACGACCUCAUCCAGAGGGUGGCACCGUUUCCCGGGGGGCCUGAGGAUCUGUCGCUUCUUGCGCAUUAUCCUGACCACAAGGCUCCUUGGACGUGGCAGGCACUUCUUCGCACAGACCCGCGGUACGUGGACCGUCGGACAUUGAGGGUGGCCACUGUUGGGGGGAAGGUAUGGAACCUCCCCUGUGAUGGCGAUUCAGAGGCCCACACACAUGUGCGACAGCUGCUGCAGCAGACGGGUUUGUAUCACCUGCCUUGGUGCGGGUUACCGGAGACAGACCCAGCUGUCAUACUGGCCCUUGUUGAGAGAUGGCAUGAGGAGACGAGUAGCUUCCACAUGCCGUUCGGGGAGAUGACUAUCACCCUGGACGAUGUGUCUGCUCUUCUCCAUCUUCCCACAGGGUCGAGGUUCUACACUCCGGGCAGAGGGGAGCGAGACGAGGUUGCAGCGCUCUGCGCCUAGCUCCUGGGAGGAUCUGUUGCUGCUUAUCUGGCUGAGUUUGAGGCGGCGGGUGGCCAGAACAUUCGGUUCAUUACUCUGAAGACCAUGUACACGUCUGCUAUGGAUGGGGGACGCUAUGAGGAUGCUGCUAGGAUCUGGCUGGUGAACCAGCUUGGUGCCACCCUCUUUGCCAGCAAGAGUGGUGGUUACCACACUACUGUCUACUGGAUCGGGAUGCUUGAGGACCUCGGUCGUGUGUCGGAGUACGCGUGGGGUGCGAUUGCGCUGUCUUCGUUGUACGAACAGCUGAGUCGUGCAUCCCGCAGGAAGACAGCGCAGAUCGGUGGGUUCACCUCCCUCGUGCUGUCAUGGGCGUAUGAGUACAUAUCCAGCAGCGUCAUUAUCAGGACGGAGGUCCCCGGCUACACACAGGACCAGCCUAGGGCGCAGCGGUGGUCCACGUCUCGGAUCGCGCAUUCCGGACUCGAUGAGAGACGAGUCAUGCUCGAUGAGCUUAUAGUGGAUGAUAUCACAUGGACCCCUUUUGAGGACCAUCGAGAUGUUCGACCGCGGGAUCCCAGGGCCCUCUAUUCCGGCUACAUCCGGACACCUUACGGCCGGUCUGUGAGCCGACAUCUACCAGAGCGGGUUAUGCGCCAGUUUGGCUUCAUACAGGACAUCCCUCGACACCCCUCUGAGAUCCAGACGACGGGGUCCCUUGCUGAGACCACAGAUGCUGCCUAUGCUGAGUUUGAGCCGCACCUCCGCCCUCAGGGGAUACCUGCUACAUAUCCGGGAGAGGCGGUGGAGGGUUACAUGAGGUGGUAUAGCAGAGUGUCACAUGUGUUCAUCAUCCCUGAGGAUAGGAGGGAGGAGCUUAGUGCCGUGUCUGCCAUACGUAGGGGUGUGGAGUUGUUGGAGCAGUCCCUGGAGGUGCCAGGUGCUCUUGCUCCAGGGACACAGCCCCGGAUCCUCACGGAGAGGGCGCUCGAUCUCUUUCGACGGAGUUCCUUCGUUGGUACCCAGGGAGUUGCCUUUUCUGCUAUUCGAGGAGCCGCAGCUGCGGGAGGCAGAGCUCGUGGAGGCAGACCCCGUGGAGGCGGAGCUCGUGGAGGCAGAGCUCGUGGAGAGGGUGAUCCUGGAGAGGGUGUUCGUGGAGGUCGAGCUCGUGGACCCAGAGGUCGCAGGGGGCGGGGUCGGGGAGAGUGAUUUUAUUACACUUGUUAUGUGGGAUCCAUUAUUAUGUAUAUGUUAGGACUUUUUAUGUUAUGUUAUGACUCUUGCCUU